AUGGCGUCCCAUAUUGUUGGAUACUCUCGCAUGGGCCCCAAGAGGGAGCUCAAGUUUGCCUUGGAGUCUUUCUGGGAUGGGAAGAGCAGCGCCAAGGAUUUGGAGAAAGUUGCCACUGACCUCAGGUCUAGCAUCUGGAAGCAAAUGUCAGAAGGUGGGAUCAAGUACAUUCCCAGCAACACCUUCUCGUACUACGACUAG